GUCCCCGUCCGGGAUGGUCCGGGCCGCACAGCGCGUGGGGCCUCCGGUCCUUCUCUGUCUUUUUGGAAUUCUGUGCGAAAGCUAUGCCAGUCCCAUGAAUCAUGGGGGAGCUCAGCAUUUGGAAAGAAAAAGGAGCAUUUUUAAAAGAGAAGUGAAUUGCUCCAGUAACCAGUAUUUGACAAAUGGUCUCUGCUGUGAGAUGUGCCCGGCCGGUUCGGUGGUAGCCCAACACUGCAACGCCACUGGGAACAAACCAAAGUGCGAAGCCUGCAUAGAUGGGUUCGAGUUCAUGGACCACAGUAAUGGACUCGGAAAAUGCCUGCGAUGUGGCACUUGCGAUGAAGUGGUUGGUUUGAUAGAGGAAGAACCCUGUCGAACAACGCAAAAUGUGAAAUGCAAAUGUAAGGACGACUAUGUCUGUUUAGAUCCACCAUGCGUUCACUGUACUACUGUGCCACCAGAGACUGGAAAUUCAGCCUGGUGGUUCCUGAGUCUUCUACCACUGAUCCUGGUAGUAGGAUGUGCAGUAUAUUUUUUACGUAAGAGAAGAAAAAAGAAGAAAUUCCAGCUUGUUAAAAACAAAGAGUUUGAAAUGAUUCCUAUUCGUUAUCCAGAUAUUGACCUGAGUGGUCAUAUCAUUGAUAUUGCCGAUCGGAUGACAAUAAGUGACGUCAAAUGCUUCGUUCGGAAGAGCAAUAUAACUCCAGUCAUAAUGGAUCAAAUACUUCACGAUCACUUGCACGACACAGCUGAACAAAAAGUGCAGUUGCUUCGGCGCUGGUAUCAGUCUCAUGGGAUGAAAGGGGCAUUCAGAACUCUAAUCACCAGCCUCAGAGAAGCCAAACUGUGCGCCCUUGCGGACGAGAUUAUGAAGUCGGUGGAGGGGGCCGAAAACGGGAACACCCACGCCCCCAUGGCAGUGUCAGGUGAGGCCUAAGGUGGCCAACGGUCAUUAGGUCCUGCUAGCUACGAAGUUGAUAUAAGUGCCUACCCAACGUUGCGCCGGGUUGACCGACGGUGAGAUUGCCUGGGAUUUUGUACCCAGUCUUCACCAUCUGAACCGAAAUGGUGGGCUCACUUAGAUUGAUGAAUAAACUCAUCUUUCAACACUCAGGGAGUAACAGGACCCAAGCAACGUCGGGGAGGGAAGAACAGCACCCCACUCCACUCUGCAUCCAUCCUCCUCUCUCCCAGCCCUCCAGAAUGAAGCUCAGAGACUUUCCUGCGUAUAGUCCAGGGAUUUCUUUGCAGAGUGAUGUCUGGGGGCAGAGGGGAGGAACUAGCAGGGAGAGAGCCCCAAAAUCUGUCCCUACAGAAGCCGCUGGGGACCUUGCUUUUACUUGGAAAGAGCCUCCCCGUGCUGGGUAGAUAUUUCUUUCCAUCGAUGUUUCGGAGAUCACUUCCUGGAGGCUCUGCCUCGAAAGUAUCCCCAAACCUCGAUUUGAACUUUCUCAGAUUUAAAUAUAGAGUGGAAUAGAAGCAAAGAGCUUGAUGGGUAUUUUGUAAGGACUUUAUAAAUGGUUAGUCUUUAGAAACUUGAUUAUCAGGACACGGUGGAGUCCAUUAGAGCGGUGAUUCCAUCGCAGUGGGAAAGAUCAGGAGACGCGGCAUGGCCCAAUGAACAGAGCUCGGGCCCGGGAGUCUGUAGGACCUGGUUCUAAUCCCAGCUUCGCCACAUGUCUGCUGUGUGACCUUAGACAAGUCUGUUCACUUCCCUGGGCCUCGGUUACCUCAUUGGCAAAAUGGGGAUUAAGAUGGUGAAACCCUAUGUGGGACACGGACUGUGUCCAACAUGAUUAAC